GUCAGAGCUAGUUAACAAAGAAAACCUUGCCCGUAUUUCACACUUUUUGUUCGGAGUUAAUCGACGGAUAUUGCUAGACUGGGAAGCCAGACAGUGCAGAUAUGCCAUUUGAGGAUUUGGUUCAUUUUGAUGGCUGCUGUUUCCCGCCUUUUCCACCGCUAGCAGCCGAUGCUAAAAAACACUUGGAUGCGCUACGUAACAUGAAAACACGAGAAGAUGAUGUGCUUAUGAUAACGUUUCCCAAGUGUGGAACCCAUUGGGUCUGGGAGAUAAUCGUUAUGCUACUGCAAGGAAAAGCAGAGUACCAUCCACUCACCAGAGAACACGUGUUCCUGGACAUGAUAAGUGAUCUGUCCUCUCUGGACAAACUGCCCUCCCCCAGGGUGUUUAACUCUCAUAUGCCCUACCGGUGGUUACCACAGGAGCAGUUCCGGUCAGGGAGAAAAAUUGUUAACGUCAUCCGAAAUCCAAAAGAUGUGGCGGUGUCGUGGUACUGCCAUUGGCACUCGUCCAAUGAAUUGGGGUGCGGAUCUGUCUCUUGGCAAGAAUUUUUUGAAGAAGUAGUAUUAGGACAAUACAAGAAUGCGUUUGGUGGAUAUUUCAACUUUCAAAAAGAACUCUUUGGUGCGGUAAAGACCAACAAAGAAUGCUCAAUCCAUACACUUUAUUACGAAAAAUUGAAAAAGGAUCCCGUGUCAGAGAUACUAAAAUUAGCAAGCUAUCUUGGAGUUGCUUGCUCCACUGAAUUGGCGAGUAAUAUAUCUGAAAAGUGUAGUUUCCAAAAUCUAAAGGACGCAUCCGAUAAUACAAAGGACCACGGGGAAAUAGCCAAAGCAAUGAAAGAAAUGGGCAGAGAGCUCCCAAAGUUUUACCGAAAAGGAGAAGUUGGUGACUGGAAAAACUGGUACACGAUUUCACAGAAUGAACGACACGACGCCAUGAUUAAACAGGAAACGAAGGACAUUGACUUCGAUCUUCAACUUAUCUACGAGAUUUAAAAUCGGUCUUGUUUGUGUUUGACGUUAUCAUGAAUGCAUGUGUUCCAGCUAAGUAUUUGUUAUACGUAUGAAAUUGUCAAGAUUAAA